CUUUAGUUGAGCGAGUGUGAGGACAACGGACUCUUUCUUCUAAGGAGACGAAAGGACGAAGGCUUCCAAACAUGAUGCUUUUUUUUACUCUGGCAGCUCUGCUGGCCAUCUCAUUUGCGCAGGACCCUAAUCACACCCCACCCAAGGUCCAGGUGUACAGUCACAACCCAGGAGAGUUUGACCAAGAAAACACCCUCAUCUGCCAUGUGAGUGGUUUCCACCCCCCUGACAUCACCAUCCAGCUGAUGAAGGACGGCGUGGAGCUCCCCAAUGCCAAGCUGACCGACCUGGCCUUCAAACAGGGCUGGCGCUUCGUCCUGACCAAGCACGUGACCUUCACCCCAAGGCGUGGGGAGAAGUACACCUGCAAAGUCACACACGGGACGACCGUUCGAGACUAUGCCUGGGAAUCAAACAUGUAAAGCACAUGUCAGCGGACGCCAUGGUCAUUGAGUUCAGGCCCUUAUGUCAUUGCUGUCAGUGAAACCACAGCGUGAUGUUUAGCUGAAGUCGCCGUGUCUCCGUUGGCUGUAUUGACGCUGUGAUGUUCCAGUCUCUGUCCAGAAUGAUGCCAGAUGUUUUGGCUCCCAUCUAAACCAGCUUCUAUUCAACACAUCUUCAAUAAACAUGAUCCCAAUUGCUUUCAACUUCUUCCUUCCACAAAGCAUAAUUAUCAAUAUCACACAAAAAUAAUAACAUCAACUAUCUGAACCAAGUAGAAUGUAUGGGCUGCGGGGCGUUCGUAAUUUAAAGUUUUGCUUUGAAUUUUUAUUUUUUGGCCUUUGAUGCUAAAUUGUGUGUAACUGAAAAUGAAAUGUUUGUUCGUUGAGAUUUAAUGAUUUUUCUCUUUCUAGAUGAGAUUCAAAUUCUGCUUGGUCGCAUAGAAAAUAUACAAUGGGUGUAAUGAGUAUAAAGUGUGUGCUCUACAAUCUUGAUUUGUUAUUUACGGUAAUGUUAAAGCCCUGCACUAAAUAAACGCCUCUUUAAAUCCCCCA